AUGACUGUAACCUCUGUGACGACUGCAGAUGUGGCCGCCCAACUUGUGGCCACUGAAGAUGUGGCCGCCCCACAUGUGGCCACUGAAGAUGUGGCCGCCCCCACAGCUGUCGCCAGCACGUCGACGGCUGCUGACGCCAACACGUCGACGGCUGCUGACGCCAGCACGUCGUCAGCUGCUGACGCGAGUGCGAGUGAAAGUGUUUGUGGUGUAUCAAGUGCCAAACGACGAGUGUCGAUGUAUGAAAAGAUAACUGUUGUUGUUGCGAAGAAAAUGAUAAGUAUGGAAGAUGAUAGGUUUGAUGAACUUUUGUCAUUUGUUCACUGUACCGAGUGUUUAUCUAGGAAGAUAAAAUUUACAUAUUAUAACCAUCACUUAGAAACUGUUAUUGCUAUGUCGUGUACCGAGUGUAACGCUGUUUUAGUGAAAAAGCCAUAUGGUAUUAGUAAGCAGCUGAAUAAUUUGACAGGUCGAAUGGUGUAUGGUGAAAUGGUGACUGGUGGAGGCUACAACUCAUUUAUUCGUAGAAAUGCCUUGUGUAACCUACCUUCUAUGACUCUCCAAACAUUCAACAGAUACACAAGCAUGAUUACACGGGCAUCCAUUCAGUCUUGCAACAGAAUUCUAGUUGAAACAAGGGCAAUUGUUCGUAAGGAAUAUGCCAAACAAGACACUUUGGCAGACGCACGUGGAGUUGUUGAUAUUGAUGUGACGUAUGAUGGCACGUGGCAUACUAGGGGCCAUCAUUCUAAUUUUGGCAUUGGUGUGGCUAUUGAUGCCGUGACAAAGCUUGUAGUUGACUAUCAAGUGUUGUGUAAAUUUUGUUUCAUGUGUGUCAGUAUCGAAAAUCGUUUGAAAAAGAAGAGAAUUACUGUGGAAACGUAUGAAACAUUGAAAGAAAAACAUGAAAGCAAAUGCAACAAAAACUUUUCCGGCUCCUCAGGAAGAAUGGAGGUAGAAGCUGCCCUCAUCAUUUGGCAAAGAUCAGUGAAGCAGAAGUUGAGGUUCAAGACCAUAGUGUCUGAUGGUGAUGCUGCAACCUACAAAGGAAUUAUUGAACUCAAUGAUGGUGCUGGUCCAUACGAAGGUUUACAAGUUACAAAAGAAGAGUGCAUCAACCAUUAUGCAAAGCGGCUGAAAAAUAGAUUGACAAGCUUGGUAAAAAUGCACUACACUGAAAAACAACUGAGAACUGGAAAAAAGAGGAAGGAGUAUCACCUGAAGAGGAGAGGGCUGUUGUCAGAUUUCAUGAUUGACAAGCUUGCUCAGUAUUUUCAGAAGAACCUAUGGGACAAUUGUGGAACUGAUGCUGAAACUAUGAGGAAUGGAAUACUUGCAAGCUUUUUUCACUGUUCCUCCACAGACGACAACCCACACCACCACCUUUGUCCACCUGGUUCUGCUUCAUGGUGUUUUUACCAGAAGGCACUGGCAGAUAACCUACCACCACCAUCCCACGAAAACAUGAAAGUGAGCUUUCAGCUACAACCUGACUACUUCAAUAAGGUGCAUGAAAUCUACAAGGACCUCACCCAAGAUGACAUGAUGGAACGAUGCAUACAGGGACGAACACAAAACCCAAAUGAAAGCCUUCACCAAAGAAUAUGGUCCUAUUGCAACAAAGCCCUGUAUAAAAAUAAGUGGCAAGUUGAUUUCGCCGUCAGCCACGCCAUAGCAGAUUACAAUGUAGGAUACGAAAGAAGUUGUUUGGAUAUACGACUUGGGUAUGGGCGUUCCUCAUUGAACCAAAAACGCCUGAUGGCUAUGGACAAAAAGAUGCAGAGACCCAAAGCUCGAAGAAGCAAGAAGAGGAAGAGCGUGGUGGACACCUCCUAUGAGGCUGGAGGCCAUUAGAUGAUCCAUGUCCAUGCCUACUCUUCAUCAAAGUUUGAUGUGUAUGGACCGUCAUGAUUGGCCAAUCUGCAAAGGACUUCAGGAUGGAUGGAGGGAUCUGCAUGGAACUUCAGAAAUAUGUUAUAUAUGCUCACUUCUACUCCUAAUAAACAUAAGAAGCC